AUGAAAAAUAAUCCAAAAGUUUUUAAGUUGUCCAUUUUUUGUUGUGUUCCAAAAUAUUUUCGAGUAAAUCCACAAAUCUGUAUAAAUAUAAUUAAAAUUCACUUCAUUUGUUUAUUUCAUCUUUUUGAGCUCAAAUUUGUUGUAAACACUUCUCAAUUAAUAUCAUCCAGCAAAAUGUUUUUGCUUCCGAUCUCACCGAGAUGUGGAACACGAAUGAAAAUGAUUUCAAAGUCCGCUUUGUUUACUGAGAAGAAUGCUGUUGUAAGGUUUUUCGAGAGAGAAAGCCGGCAACUGGAUUUAUUUCGUUACAACACUGGAUUGCCACAUGAUAUCGUUAACGAAAUCCUUCUACAUGAAUAG